AUGACAAAGACUGAUCAGCCUCAUUACAAAUACUACAAAGAUCAACAACUCUCCAUUAUAAAGGCGCCCUUCUGUGGAGGUCAAGCGAAAUUGGGUGUCGAAAAGGGUCCUCGGUAUCUUUUAAAAGCUGGUUUGGAAUCCGAUUUAAAUGGUCUAGGUUGGAAUACUAUCAUCGAAUCUCCAUUAGAUGAAUCGGAAAUUAGACAACAAAUGGUUGCUGAUGAUCCUACUGAUAAAUAUCUAAAUGCAAAGAGACCAAGGUUCGUUGGUGAAAGUAACGAAAAAAUUUACAACUGUAUCAAAGAAAAAGUCUUAGCAUUCGAUAGAUUCCCAUUGACUAUCGGUGGUGAUCAUUCCAUCGGUAUGGCAACAGUCUCUGCUACUCUGGAAAAAUUCCCAAACGCAGGUUUACUCUGGGUUGACGCUCAUACCGAUAUUCAUACCAUUGAAACUACCGAUACUGGUAACAUUCAUGGUUGUCCAGUUUCAUUUCUAUUAGGCUUAAACAAAAACUUAAAUGGCGUCCCAAAAUCCUUUGAUUGGGUACCAGGUAAUUUAAGACCAGAAAAAAUUGCAUAUAUUGGUCUAAGAUCUGUUGAUCCUGCUGAAAGAAAAAUCUUGAGAGAUUUAGGUAUAUCUGCAUUCUCAAUGUAUCAUAUCGAUAAAUUCGGUAUAAACAAAGUCAUUGAAAUGGCUUUAGAAUCUAUUCAUCCAGACACUAACGGUGAUGGUCCAAUUAUCUGUUCCUUUGACGUUGAUGCCAUCGAUCCCCUUUUCGUACCAGCCACUGGUGUCCCAGUUAAAGGUGGUCUAACUUUAAGAGAAGGUUUAUUCGUAGCAGAAAGAUUAGCCGAAACUGGUAACCUGGUCAGUUUAGACGUUGUCGAAUGCAACCCUGAAUUGGUCACAGACGGGAAACAUUUAUUCGAUUCCGUUGAAGCAGGCUGUGCCAUUGCAAGAUGCGCUCUAGGUGAAACAUUGCUCUGA